UGUUUCCUUUUUGCACACGGGAUCCUCUUCAGACAAUCAAGAUCAUCAAAUUGCAGUUUACGAUAAGCAGAAGCUCUUUAACCAGGAAUAAAUCUACUGAAGUCAUCAGGAAACCGAUUUACGUUCAUGUCAGACGACACGCCUGCUGUCUCUGCAGUAUAAACAUGUAUGGUUCUUCCUAAUGUGUUCUACUCCUUGGAAGGGCUAAUAGUCAAUACAACAGCCUUUCCUUUUAAGCACUCAGAGCCUCAGUGGACUUCUGACCACUUGCCUUCAAACUACAUGAGCAUCUUAUGAUCACACGCCCUAGUUUGAGCCGGACGGAGAACCGUUGUUUUUUUUUUACACAUCAGAAUAUUUUUUUUAUGAAGAGGGACAUCAAGAGAACAAGGAUUAUUUUGACUGGCAGCAUUACAGGUAAAGAUGAGGAAGUCACCGAUGUCGGACUUCCAUCUGGAGACUGAUGACAGAACAAAGGAAGAAAGAUCAAGGCAGAAGGCACCAAAGAAGGAUGGUUUAGCUUCUGCUUUAGGUAUGGACAAAGAGGAGCCCAAGGCCCCAAUGGACACUGAUUACCAAGAAGAAAUGGAACCACUCAAGCCUGCAAUCCGAUUCAAUCUCAACUUUGACAAAGGGAUUCGAGGUGAGCCACCAGAGCAAAAGAGGGAUAGCUCCACUUUUACCAUCGAGAGAUUAUUUGAAGCAGUGGCCAGCAGGGACCCUGGGAAACUGGACGGCCUGUACGAGUACUUGCAUCAGAGCAUGAAGAAACUCUCUGACUCUUUGUAUCAGUCAUAUGGAAAAACCGCCCUGAUGAAGGCUCUACUGCACCUCAAAGAUGGCAAAAACCAAACCAUAGACGUGCUGAUCGACAUUUCAGAGAGGAUUGGUGACAUUAAAGAGUUUGUGAAUGCAGCCUACACCAGUAGCUACUAUAAAGGUCAGACUGCUCUUCAUAUAGCCAUUGAGAGAAGGAGUAUUAACUAUGUGAAACUACUGGUCAGCAAAGGUGCAGAUGUUCAUGCUAAAGCAUGUGGGAAGUUCUUUCAGCCACAUGAUGGACCCAACUUCUACUUUGGUGAGCUGCCAUUGUCUCUAGCAGCCUGCACCAACCAACCCGACAUAGUGGACUACCUCAUGGAGAAUGAGUAUCUACAAGCGGAUGCUAAGAUGACUGACUCUCACGGCAACACAGUGCUGCAUGCUCUGGUGUUUGUGGCUGAUAACACAAAGGAGAACACAGAAUUUAUAACGGCCAUUUAUGACCGUAUCCUAAAGAACAAUGCCCGACUGCAUCCUAAGAUAAAGCUGGAGGAGAAAGAGAACGAGAAAGGUCUAACACCUCUCAAACUGGCUGCCAAGUUGGGCAGAAAUCAGAUUUUUUCUUACAUUCUACAAAGAGAAUUUCAUGAGAAUCAGUUCAAGCACUUAUCCCGUAAAUUCACAGAGUGGGUUUACGGACCUGUCCACAGUUCCCUGUAUGACCUGUCCUCUGUGGAUUCAUUCGAGAAAAACUCUGUCUUGGAAAUUAUAAUCUACGGCAGUGACAUUCCUAACCGUCACGCGAUGCUGGAGACAGAACCACUUAGCUGCCUGCUGGAGGAUAAGUGGAAGAAGUUUGGAGCUGGAUUUUUUUUAUUCAACUUCCUGUUCUACCUUGUGUACCUGUCCAUCUUUACUGUUGUAGCCUACAACAAAAGAAAGUGGCAGGAGUUAAGGGGUUGGUUUAAAGUGGACAAAACAUGGAGCGUCCUGUAUGCUUCAGGCCAGCUGGUGACAUUAUUAGCAAAUUGUUAUUUUUUUGUCACUGGGAUCUUGGACAUGACGAGGAAGAGGCCAAAGAUGCAGACACUGCUGAUUGAUGGAUAUUAUGAGAUUCUAUUUUUUACGCAGGGGCUCCUUUUCCUGAUCUCCACCGUUCUAUAUGUGGCGGACAGGGAUGAAUACCUGGGCUUCCUGGUGAUAUGUAUAGCUCUCAGCUGGAUGAACGUGCUCUACUACUCCAGGGGCGACAGACACAUGGGCGUCUACAGCGUCAUGAUACAGAAGAUGAUCCUCAGUGAUAUCCUGCACUUUCUUUUUGUUUACCUCGUUUAUCUCUUUGGAUUCUCAGCAGCUGUGGUAACACUGCUGGUAGAGCCAGAGCAGCCAGCGACAGCAAGAGGACUUUUUGGAACCAUUGCACCUAAUUCAGAGUGUGUCAAACCCACCUAUAGAAACUUCUCAUACACCACCCUGGAGCUCUUCAAGUUCACCAUAGGGAUGGGAGAUAUCGACUUUACCAAUGAUUACAAGUACAUGGAGGUCUUCUACAUCCUGCUUAUUGGCUACAUCAUUCUCACCUACAUCCUGCUGCUCAACAUGCUCAUAGCCCUCAUGAACCGCACUGUGGAAAACAUCACCAAGGAGAGCAAAAGCCUUUGGAACCUGCAGAGGGCUGGCACCAUCUUGGACAUGGAGAAAAGGCUACCCUGCUGUCUAAAGGGGUGUUUUCGCUCUGGGGUGGAGAAGAAGCUUUUCACAGCUCUUGGAGAAGAUCGGCGAAGGUGUUUCAGGGUCGAGAGUAUGAACUGGAACAAGUGGAACACUAACUUGAUCAACAUCAGCGAGGAUCCAGGAUUUUCAGAGGAGUUCGACCAGCAUGAAAACCCUACACGUGGAUUUGACAGAGGGAGUAGCUGGAGAGGCCUUUUCAUGGAAAGCAGGAGGAGGACGAUGCCGUCUCAGUCCAAUGAGAUGAGGGUCCUAAACGGCUGAAGAACCCCUGAGGGUUUUUUCCAUGGCUGUUCAGCCUGCAUGAUAUAAACAAGGACUCCAACGCAGUGUUCUAUUUAAGAGACAAAAAGCUUGGAAGGAUGUCUCCAACUAAACUGUACUGUUUUCUGCAAUGAAAAUGCAAUAUAUAAGGAAACAUUUAAGUAAUAUCAUUAGGAACUACAAAACACUCAGUGACUGACAUGUAAAAGUGUGUUGCAACGUAGGUGUUACGUAUGCUGUAAAAAGUGUUAAUUAAUCCCUUAAAAAAAUACUGCAAUUUUAAUUAAGAUUUGUGAUAUUAACAAGCCGUAUAAGUGAGCUGCUGGGUGCAUAUCCUUUACAGCGAGGCCGCAACCUUCCAGCGCCUCUGGCAUAGCUAAAAAUCCAUCAUGGAGUUAUCCUGAUCACCAAGGUGCUGAUCCUGCACCUCCCGCUGCGUGCCCUUUAUACAGGUCCCAUUUUCAUCACAGCCAGACAAGCUAAAUCUACUGCAGCCAGAUCAGCCCUGCAGGUUUCACAGCUUGCUUCGUCUACUCCACUUCCUCUGGCGAUGAGGCAGAAGCAGGCCUAGAGAAAGGGCAUGAAAGCACAGCAAUCGGGGCAGCAAUCGCCACCUUCGGCACAGGCUGACACCGUUACAAAUUGUAUGUGCUUUAGCCUUUUGGAGGCAAUGAGUUACUUGUUUGGCUGUACAGUUUUAGUCAAAGUUUCCUCUCACUUUCAUGUUAAUUUAAGGUAAUAUGGCUUUUAGAAAUGUAUUUAAACAGUUCUCUUUUUAGGUGCACUGAAAAUGGAAGAAAUACACAUAUUAUCAAUACUUUGUAAUUGCUUAUUGAAUUGGGUAAUAUUUGGCUAAAUCAUAAACUGUUUAUUUGAUCACAAGAAGAAUUGGAAAUGUUGUAGACUAUUCAGACUAGUAAGGCUUCCAGCCAUGGAUUAGCCCAUAAAUUGGGUUUUGGUGUGGGUCACUGGCAAAAGCUCAGCAUUAACCUGUUUUUUUUUUUUUUUUUAAUUCACAAACCAGUUCUGAUAUCCCUAUCCUAGAGGUACACGGAGCUGUGUCCAUGUUUCAAUCAUUGUUUUGAAUUCAGGUGAAGUAAAAAGGGUUGAGAGGAUUCUUUUAUCACCAAUCUAUUCACUUAAAG